AUGGGUGAAGUUGAUAACGAACUUCUUCUCACCAACAACGCGGGCACAAUGAUCGGUGGUGGCGGGCCGAAUGUAUCAAAGGAAACCCGCAAGCUCAAGAAGGCGCAGGCUCUGCAACUUGAAAACAAAGCAGACAAGGCUCUGCAAGCGGCCUACGCGCAAGUUGAGGCUUGGGGAGAGAAGGCCAAGCUCACUGGUCCCGUCAAAACUGCGGCGAAGAUGUACUUCAAGCGAGUGUACGAAGCCAAUGCCCUUCGAGGCAAACAGACAGAUGUCAUCCUCGCUGGAUGUCUCUUCAUCGCUUGCCGUCAGCUCAGAACUCCCCGAUCUUUCAACGAAAUCUUCGGCUUGACUUCUGUCCCUAAGAAGGAGAUUGCAUAG